UCGGAGGCGGCCGGGGGGCCUCGGAGGCUGCGGCCGCGGCCCCUCCCGUGGACUCUGGACGUGCGCGGGCCUUAUAAGGCGGCGGCCGGGGCUCGGCGCGCAGGGGCGCCCCCGCCGGCGGCGCGCGACAUGGGCCGCUACUCGGGCAAGACGUGCCGGCUGCUCUUCAUGCUCGUGCUCACCGUCGCCUUCUUCGGGGCCGAGCUGGUGGCGGGCUACGCGGGCAACUCCAUCGCGCUGCUGUCCGACUCGUUCAGCAUGCUGUCGGACCUGCUGUCGCUGUGCGUGGGGCUGGGCGCGGGCCGCGUGGCGCGGCGGCCCGGCGGGGGGCUGGGGGCCACCUACGGCUACGCGCGCGCCGAGGUGCUGGGCGCCCUGGGCAACGCCGUGUUCCUCAGCGCGCUCUGCUUCACCAUCGCCGUGGAGGCCGCGCUGCGCCUGGCGCGGCCCGAGCGCAUCGACGACCCCGCGCUGGUGCUGGUGGUCGGCGCGCUGGGGCUGGCGGUCAACGUGCUGGGGCUGCUCAUCUUCCAGGACUGCGGCGCCUGGCUCGCCUGCUGGGGGCCCCGCCGCCGCCGCCGCCGCCGCCCGCCGCCGCCGCCGCCGCCGCCGCCGCCGCCGCCGGGACCGCCGGCCGACCUCGCCGCCCCGCGGGGCGCGCCCGGCCCCGGCCCCCGCUCCGGCCCCGGCCCCCGCUCCGGCCCCGGCCCCGGCCCCGACCCCCGGCCCGGCCCCGGCCCCGCCCGCCCGUCGGCCGGCAGGAAGGAGGAGCAGGGGGCGACCGUGUUCUCCAACGUAGCAGGUGAUUCUCUGAACACCCAGAAUGAACCAGAAGAGACUAUGAAAAAGGAGAAAAAGUCUGAAGCCCUGAAUAUCAGAGGUGUACUUUUGCAUGUGAUGGGCGACGCCCUGGGGUCGGUGGUGGUGGUGAUCACGGCCAUCAUAUUUUAUGUGCGUCCCCUGCAACCUGAGGACCCAUGUAACUGGCAGUGCUACAUCGACCCCAGCCUGACUAUCAUCAUGGUUAUCAUCAUUUUGUCAUCUGCCUUCCCACUCAUCAAGGAGACUGCUGCCAUUCUGCUGCAGAUGGUCCCCAAAGGAGUUAACAUGGAAGAGCUGAUGAGUAAACUCUCGGCCGUGCCCGGGAUUAGCAGUGUACAUGAAGUGCACAUCUGGGAACUUAUAAGCGGAAAGAUCAUCGCCACCCUGCACAUCAAGUAUCAGAAGGACAGGGACUAUCAGGACGCCAGUAGGAAAAUUCGAGAGAUCUUCCACAGUGUGGGGAUCCACAACGUGACCAUCCAGUUUGAGCAAGUGGACUUGAAGGACCCCGUGGAGCAGAAGGACUUGCUGUUGCUCUGCAGCUCCCCCUGCAUCUCCAAGGGCUGUGAGAAGCAGCUGUGCUGCCCCCCCGGGGCCCUGCCUCUGGCCCACGUCAAUGGCUGUGCGGAGCACAACGGCUGUCCCCCUCUGGACACGUACCCAAGUGAUGGCCUUGGGAGGCGAGAAACAACAGAAGUGGCUAUUGAAGUAUCGUUGGACAGCUGUCUGAGUGAGCAUGGACAAGCCCCCAGCAAAAGUCAGGAGGACCCACAUUAUGUCAGCAGCACGCAUUUUUAAUCUGUUCCCCACAUACACAGACUGUAUAGACGAGGCACUCUGGUUUCUGGAAAGACCUCUGUGGGCUCUAGGCACUGAUCAAAAUCGCGGUGCGCACGCUCUGUGUUGUUUGGGAUGUUAAUUGCAUGUGUCUGUUAAUUCCUCUGUGCCUGAGAACCCCUUUAGGUCGUGCUGGGGAUCUCAUGCUGCUCUUCAACAAACUGGCUGUUUUAGUUUGAGCAUUUAUUUUAAGAAGCAACCUGCACUCGCAUACGUGUCGGGGACAUUGAGGGCUGGGACCCCGUGGUAGUGGACACAGGAUUCAAAGUGGUUCUUGUUUUAAAGUGAUUGGAACUUGUAGCUGACUCUCAGGUGAGCUCAUAGCCCAGUACACUGAAAAAGCCUAAAAGCCAUGAUAGCUUUUUUUUCCCCCAUUCCAUUAUCAGAUCAUAAAAGAGGAAAAAGUUGGACAGUCCCGUCACUGUGGAAGUUUUUCUUCCUUGACUCAUUUUCGAAUACAUGUAAAGUGAAUACCCAUUAAAGUAGAAAAUAUUCUCAGAACAUUAGAGGAAGUGGAGUUUAUUGGGGAAGACAGGAAGAAAAUGCUUUCUGACUACCUCUUCAUUUUGUGAGGUGGAGAGAAAACGAGUGUUUACUUCCCGCUGUGAAAUGAACUACAGCUAUAGGGUGCUUCAAGUGUUUCAUGCAUAAAAUACUUUUUUUUUUCACUUGGAAGUGUGGGAAUAUUUGCACUUUCUAAAGUAUGAUGCAAUACUAAUAUUGCAGAACCAGUCCAGUUGGGAUCGUUCUCAUUUAUUGCUUAACAGUUUAUUUGUCCAAAUUUCCCUUGGGUCUUCUUUUCCAUGAUCACAUUGAUAUAUGUAGCAUUUACCAGGAGAAAAUGGGUAUCCCUAGGAGAGAAGCAUAUAUGGCCCUGAGUAUUCAUUCCUGCCCCAAAAUAAGCUAGAUUGACUUUUCUUUCACUAGACAUAUUUUGAAGUAUUUAUUAUAGUUGCCAACCAGUAACUUGUUGGAGAAGUGUAUGUGUAGGGAAAAAUGAGAAUUAAUUUAAUUGCUGCCUUUUAAUGCGUUUUGAGGAGCUUCCAAUUUCCUUUACUUCCUUUUCUGACUCUGACCCAUGUUACCAAUUUCAAAUAAAUUUAUUAUAAUUUUAUUUGGAUCCAUAAUCGACAUACUAAUGGAUUAGUAGUGGAGAACCACCUGUCACAUAUCGAACAAGUUGUUGAGGCAGCAGAAUUUUAAUCAGAACAGUCUCAAAAUAGGUCUGAGUAAUGGGAGAUGCCCUCAUAGAGAACUAGAGUCUUCCUUGAUGGGUUGCAAAAUUGACAACGAUCAUCUCUCAGGCUGCAGGCACUGGGUCCUGUUUAGAAUCUAAACAAUAGUCAACAGAAAUGCUGGGUUGUUAAUGGAAAAAGGACGCACAUUUUGCAGCACUAAUACCAUUUAAAAAAAUGUCUUUGUGUUCACUCUAAGGCUGAAAAAAGUAAGCAGCUGUGAUCAGUAGGAUGGGAAUUUUUUUCAUUCCUUGAAAUUUUAGAAUCUGUGUUUAAAUUUGCCAUGAAUUAGGUAAAUCCCAUUUUUAGUCCUAGGAGUUUAUUGGACUAGUCUGUAUGGCCAAGUGAGGGGUAAACUAUAAGACAGCAUUUUUAUUUUUAUAUUUAAUACUAAAAGUAUAGCAUGUACUCACAAAAACAAAGCAAAAACAAAAAAGGGAGAUUCUCUUUGAAGUUCACCCCAGUGAUGAGUGAACCAAAUUCUAGACAGAUGUUGGUUGAGGUGUCUUGACUGGAACCAAAGACGAAAUCUGUCCCUCACUUCCAAAUUUGAAGGUCUAAUCUGAUUUCACAUCGUUCUGCUUUUAUUAAAAGGGAAAGAUGAUAAGUUUAUAGUGUCUGUGCAGCUGGCUAAAGAAACACACGCUAGUUUGCAUCUAGAUAAUGUUCUUUAAGUCUGUAAAGUUUCUUUUUAGGAAAGGAAAAGGCACUUAAUUCCAGUAUAACUAAAUUGACCUCAGAAGAGUUGCUUGAUGGACACUAAUUCACAUAGAGCUAAUGUGAAAUAAUCCCUUUUGAAGACAGUUUGAGUGCGUUUAAUGUGUUCCAACAAGCUAAUUAAGUGCAAUAUUUUUCUGUGGGGUUAGGUGGUUUCCUUUGUCCUCUUUCGUGCUGUGAUGCCUGCGGUAUGGUAUUUUUACUUUUUUUUUAAGAUUUUAUUUAUUUAUUCAUGAGAGACAUACACAGAGAGAGAGAGAGACACACACACAGGCAGAGGGAGAAGCAGGCUCCAUGCAGGGAGCCUGAUGUGGGACCCGAUCCCAAGACCCCAGGAACACGCCCUGAAUCCAAGGUAGAUGCUCAACUGCUGAGCCUCCCAUGCAUCCCUUUACUUGGGUUUUGCUCUCCCUUUAGUUGUCCUGCAUUUUAAUUCUCCCAAGGAAAAGCAGACUUUUCUUUCCCUCUUUGAGUCAGCCUUGCCUGGUGGCAGUAGGCCUGAUGAACAGAGGCUUUACUAACUCUGAUUUCCUGUCUUUUUUAAAGGAAAUGAAAAUAACUUUUUAAAAGUCGAGGGCAACCUCUGUGUGUCGGGUCAGGACCAGCCAUCCUAGCCCUAACCUGGAGGACACAGAGGAUGGCCCUUGCUGCUGCCCCCUGUCCUCCUAUCUCGAUAGAAAGAGUCCUUUCCACAUUAUUUCAACACAGGCUCUGGGAAGCACUGUGUCUGCUUUUAUCUUCCAAAUAUCAACUUUGGUUGUGAAAAUAGAGAUUAGGGUUUUUUUUCAUGACAUUUGGCCCAUGUCUCAUGGGCCAAAAUGUCCCAUGAUAUUUGGGACAAUAUAUAUAUUGUCCCUCUAAUUUUUGCUAAAGUAUCAAUAAAAUAGGGAGACAUUGUUUGAGGAAGAAUUAAAAAUAUUCUCUGUAUUGGUUACUUUUUUUUCCUAUUUGCCACCAGCUGGCCAAACCCUAGUGGGGGUAAAUCAGGAACUCCAAAGUUCAGUAGGAUAGAGUGCUUUCAAGAUCAAAGAAAUCACUGAGGCGGAUUUGGGAUUAUAAUAAGGCAGCUGCCCUGUAGGUAGUAAGAGUCUUUGUUAUGCUUUCUCAGCAUUAUUGACAUUUUCAACUGGAUUAAUUCCUUGUUGUGUGGGGCCGUCCCAUGCAUUGUAGGAUGUUUGGCAGGAUCCCUGGCCUCUGCUCACUUAGAUGCACACUCAUGCGUUGUGACAACCAAAAAUGUCCCCAGACAUUGCCACCAGUCCUCUGAGGGCAAAUUGGCCUCUAGUUCUGAGCCACUGACUUAUCCUAAGAGUAGUUGAGAAUUAUUGUUGGUAAAAGUCCCUCCAGAGCCCGGUAAUCAUUUUAAUAGAAUUAGUUCUGCACAAUUCACUCUUCAAAAAAUAUUUUUAAAGCAGAGAUCAAACCGUUCAUCAAAAUGACAGUCAUCUCUACUUAGGAACUUCGGACAUUUAAAGAAAUGAUAUAAUUUUGUGGGGGCAGCAAAGGCUUUACAAAUCGGAUUAUGCAGAUGAGUCAGUAUAACAGCGAAUGAGAUGAAAAGCCUUUACUGUCCUGUCAUGUCGUGACCCCUUCAACUCAUGAAUGUCCUCAGUCUGAUGAAUUCACCAAAAAAUGAGAGCAAAAGAUUCCAGGAGGAUUGAUUCCUGGGGCUCAAGUAUUUAAUUCUCCACCAGUUUUAAACAUGAUGGUGUUUCUUCUAUUGGUUCCAGACAAGCCCCUCAUCUUGGUGCCAAGGACAAGUUCAGAUGCUAAAACGAAUUCUGGAAUUGUCUGUGGUUACCUUAACCCUUUGCCAAAUCGUACCCUGUUUUUUUAUCCGGGAGGUCAAGAGACAUUUCUCGCUUUUUUUUUUUUUUUUUUUUUACAUUUUUCGCUUUUAAAUGUAUCUUUACACUCUUGCAAUUGAAGACUGCAGAAAAGGACUGUGUUAGAAAAAAAAAAUGAGGAAAUGUGACCUGAUUUAGGUUUUGAAUUUAGACUGAAUCAUGAAUAUGCCUUUUCUAUAGCUCUGCUGUUCACCUGCUAAGUUGUUACCUGUUUGUACUUCUGAGUGUGUUUGCACAUGAGUCGCCGUGGGUAGGAAUGAAACUACUGCAUCAAGAAACUAAGCUGCUCCAAUGGAAAUUGCCUCGGACCCCAAUCCUCACCGUAAUCUAAAUGUUAGGAAUUUGGAGGUUAGCUAAUGCGAUGUGUCAUGUUCAGGAGCUUCUCUUUUCAAGUGUUUUAUUCUGGACCUUUUUGUUUACGUGGAACUUUCUUGAACAUUGCUGGAUGGAUCAACUGUCUCCUCUUGGUACAAAGCCAGGCCAGAGACGAUGAACCUGUUGUGGAUUCUGGUGGGAAUAAUCCAGGGAGGACGAUGAUUUCUGGAGGGUGAGCCCUUCCUUCCAGGAGGUCUGAAGUUAUGUUACAGUAUUAUGAUGGAGUUCUGUUGCUUCAAGUCUUCCUCCCGUCCUCACAGGCGAUUUUGCCAAAGUUUAACUGUCACAUUUGUGGGAACUACUAAAACUUUAAGAUACAAAGUUUAAAUAACUCAUUACUAAUUGCAUGUGAAAUGCCCCAGUAAUGUGUGCACAUUUGCAUACCUGUAACAGUGAAGGUUGUUCAAUGGUGCUGUAAAAUAAAAAUAAAAAAUAAAAAAAAAACACCACACACACAUCACAUGACUGAGGUGUUUGUG